AUGUUAUUGAGGGGAAGAAUUUUAGCUUAUUUUGCAAAAGUGAAAGUAACAGAAACUCCAAAAAUAAGAAUAGGAGAGGCAGUAAAAUUAAUAAAAGAUAGAUCAAAAGCAAAAUUUGAUGAGACAAUUGAUUUUUAAUUAAGGUUGAAUGUUGAUCCAAAACAUGGUGAUUAAAAUGUAAGAGGGACAUGCAUGUUACCAGGAGGAUUAGGAAAGAAUGUGUCUAUAGCAGUCUUAACAAGCAAUGAAUUUAAUGAUGCUGCAUUAAGAGCAGGAGCAGAUUUUGUUGGUCAAGAGGAAAUUUUGAAAUCUAUCAAAGAUGGAACAUAUAAAUUUGAAAAAUUAAUAACAACACAAGAUAUGCUUGUUCUUUUGAAACCUUUUGCAAGAUUAUUAGGUACAAAGGGAUUGAUGCCCAAUCCAAAGGCUGGAACAUUAGUCUUACCUUAGGAGCUUACCUAAGCAAUAAAAGGAGCAAAGGCAGGCUCAAUUGAAUUCAGAGUGGAUUCAGGUUCAAAUCUAAUGGUACCGGUUGGAAAAAAAUCAUUUGAUGAUAAAGUGAUAUUAAUGAAUAUCAAAGCCUUUUCAAUAGCUUUGAAUUAGAAGAGACCGACAUCUUUGAAAGGAUAAUUAAUAGGAGAAGCAAGAAUAAAGACAACUAUGGGAUAACCAGUUGAGGUAGAUGUAUCUUCCUUUGAUUAAAGAAACAAAGAAAAUGAUUUGAAAGAUUUGGUUUAUUGA